CAAACUUUGUUUAUAUAUUCCGAAAAAAAGAAAAUGAAAACUACUGGCUGGCGGUCCUUUAAGUUGCAGCAAAGCGCCGUGAAUGGAGAGAAGGCACCGGUGCGCCGCGAGUUCGCAGCACGAUUAACGGGCGCGCAGUGCCGUGCUGUCUCACGCGCCGCCAGCCCGCUCGGUCAACGGUGGCUCCGGGCAACAACCUCCGGCCGUUGCGUCACUGGGGAGCACGGCUAGCGGUCGUUACCGCGCCGCCGGAUUGAGUCUUUUCUUUUCCGCGUACCUGCUUGAGUGUCCGCUUCCCUCUCCCGUGGCGACAUUAAGAAACGGCGCGAGGAGGACAAGCGUGCCUGGCGCAUCUCGGUCCGUACGCGGCCGCGCCGAACACAAAGGAAGAAAAGAGAGAAGGCGAGGGAGGGGGAGGGAUGAGAAAGACAGCGCGUACGUAAUUCGCGUAGUUCCCCAAUAUCGCGUGUCGUGUUUGGAUAGCAUCGAUGCGCGUUAGGAUGAAGCUCUCAUGUGUAAUUUAAGAAAGCGUGGUCAGAGCUGUCCAGACGAACGAGGGCUCCCAAGGCACGCGUGGUGGGAGAUAAUACCUCGUUCGCGCCCUUUCCAGCCAAGCUCGCCCUCACCCGGCAUCUCCACGGGCGCCUCGCCUUGGCCCGGCCGAAAAGAAAACAGGUAGGAGUGUGAGGGUGAGACAGACAGACAGAUAGACAGAGGAAGGGCACUGGGGCUCCCUUGCGAAUCAAGGUCACAGUCUUCCUGGGCAGCGGAGGGUCCAGUUCGGUCGCAGAACGGGCUCACGAACGCCGAAGACGCGAUGGAGAACUCGGGCACAGCGGCCGUCGCCUUGGAUUCGACGGUGGCGACAGUGUUCCUGCGGCGGGACCCCCGCACGGAGGGCUGGGCCCUGGUGGGCAACAAGCAGUUCAUCGUGGGCCUGCUCUGCGCCUACGUCUACGUCGUCAAGGUGGCCGGGCCCCGCUUCAUGCAGGGCCGCAAGCCGUACGAGAACCUCAAGCCGGUGAUUAUGAUCUACAAUGCCGCCAUGGUGGUGCUCAACUGGUACUUUAUGGUGGCCUACCUGACGAGGAGCUACUUGGGCGGCGGCUACAGCUUCGUGUGCCAGGGCAUCGACUACGACGCGCGCGACGAGAUGACCAUGAGCUUCCUCGCGCACUGCUGGUGGUACGAGUGGGUGAGGGUCGCGGACUUUCUGGACACGGCGUUCUUCGUGCUGCGCAAAAAGGACUCACACAUUUCCGUGCUGCACGUUGUCCACCACGUCUUGGUGGUCUUCAACGGCUGGUACGGGCUCGCGUACGGAGCCGACGGGCACAUCGCCUUGACCCUGAUCUUCAACAGCUUCGUGCACGUGGUGAUGUACUCGUACUACUUCCUCUCCUUGCUGGGUCCCGCGGUCCGCAAGCACCUCUGGUGGAAGAGGUACCUCACCCAGCUGCAGCUGUUCCAGUUCGCUGUGCUGAUCGCGCACGGGUUGGUGCCGCUGUUCUUUGAGUGCGGAUACCCACUGGCGCACGUGUACAUCGGCCUGCCCCAGGGACUCUUCUUUCUCUUCAUGUUUCUCAACUUUUACUUGAAGAACUACAACGACAGGAAAAAAAUGGCAGCGUCACAUAACGCCUCGACGACCAAGGUUCAAUGAAUUCACUCUCAGAUAAAAAAAAAACGACCUUUUUUGUUUC